AUGAGUGGGAGUGAGAAGUCUAAGAUGACACUGAGCCUUGUGGCUGUGACUGCCGCUCAAUUCUCCACGGAAGAAAGGGCUAAGGAAUUUCUGGAAACAUUUAACAAGGAAGCAGAAGAGAUAUCUUAUCAAAGUUCACUUGCUUCUUGGGAUUAUAACACUAAUAUUAAUGAUGAGAAUGUUCAAAAGAUGAAUGAAGCAGCAGCCAGGUGGUCUGCAUUUUAUAAAUCUCAGUCCAACAUUUCCAGAACAUUUCCACUAAAUGAAAUUUCAGAUCCCCAAAUCAAACUUCAACUUAAGUCUCUCCAAGAGAAAGGAGCUGCGGUGUUAUCAGCUGAGAAGAGUGCACGGCUGAAUACAGUCUUGAAUACCAUGAGCACUCUCUACAGCACUGCAACCAUCUGUAACCCAAAGACUACUCAGGAAUGUUUGUUGCUUGAACCAGGUUUGGACAAAAUUAUGGAAGAGAGCAAAGAUUAUUAUGAAAGGCUAUGGGCCUGGGAAGGCUGGAGAUCUAAAGUUGGCAAAGAAAUGAGACCAUUAUAUGAAGAAUACGUGGAACUAAAAAAUGAAGUUGCAAAAGGAAAUGACUAUGAAGACUAUGGGGAUUACUGGAGAGCAGAUUAUGAAAUUGAAGGAUCAAGUGAAUCUCACUAUAGUCGUUCUCAGCUGAUUGAAGAUGUGGAACAAAUCUUUCUCCAGAUAAAACCACUGUAUGAACAUCUGCAUGCCUAUGUGAGGAGAAGGAUGAUGGCCACCUAUGGCCCUCUAAUCAGUGAAACUGGGGGUCUUCCUGCUCAUUUGCUUGGUGACAUGUGGGGCAGAUUUUGGACAAAUCUAUAUUCACUGACAGUGCCCUAUUCAGGAAAACCAAACAUUGAUGUGACUCAGGCCAUGAAGGACCAGAAUUGGAAUGCACAAAGGAUAUUUGAGGAAGCUGAGAAUUUUUUUGUAUCUGUUGGUCUCUAUAAUAUGACGGAGGGUUUCUGGAAAAACUCAAUGCUCACAGAGCCUAAUGAUGGCAGAAAAGUGGUUUGCCACCCUACAGCCUGGGAUCUGGGAAAAGGGGAUUUCAGGAUUAAGAUGUGCACAAAAGUGACAAUGGAUGACUUUCUGACUGCCCAUCAUGAGAUGGGUCACAUCCAGUAUGACAUGGCAUAUGCUUCCCAACCUUAUCUACUGAGAAAUGGGGCCAAUGAAGGGUUCCAUGAGGCAGUUGGAGAAAUCAUGUCCCUCUCAGCAGCCACACCUACACAUUUAAAAGCCCUUGGUCUCCUACCACCAACUUUUCAGGAGGAUUCUGAUACAGAUAUAAAUUUCCUAUUCAAGCAAGCCCUCACCAUUGUUGGAACAAUGCCCUUUACUUACAUGCUGGAGAAGUGGAGAUGGUUGGUCUUCAAGGGUGAAAUUCCCAAAGAGGAAUGGAUGAAAAAGUGGUGGGAGAUGAAGCGUGACAUAGUUGGUGUGGUGGAGCCCCUGCCUCAUGAUGAAACCUACUGUGACCCUGCUACUCUCUUUCAUGUUGCUAAUGAUUAUUCCUUCAUCAGGUAUUACACAAGGACUGUUUAUCAAUUCCAGUUCCAUGAAGCUCUUUGUAGAAUUGCUCAGCCCUCAGCUGCUCUUCAUAAGUGUGACAUCACCAAUUCCACUGCAGCUGGGACAAAGUUGCUUGAUAUGCUGAAGCUGGGAAAAUCAGAACCUUGGACAGUAGCAUUAGAAAAUAUGGUAGGAAAUAAGAGGAUGAAUGCGACACCAUUGCUCGAAUACUUUGAGCCCUUAUUCACAUGGCUGAAAGAACAAAACAAGAAUGCAUAUGUGGGUUGGAAUACUGACUGGAGUCCUUAUAAUGAAUACAGCAUCAAAGUGAGGAUAAGUCUGAAAUCAGCACUUGGAGAAAAUGCAUAUGACUGGAAUGAAAAUGAAAUGUAUUUGUUCCAGGCUGUAAUUGCUUUUGCCAUGAGACAGUAUUUUUUCCAAAAAAAAAAAGAGACCAUCCCUUUCAGGGAUGAAAAUGUGAAGGUGUUUGAUUUGAAACCCAGAAUCUCCUUCUAUUUCUUUGUCACUGCCCCUCCAAAUGGGAGCCAUGUUCCCAGAGAAGAUGUGGAAGAAGCAAUCAGGCACUCUAGGGGCCGUAUCAAUGAUGCCUUCCGCCUGAAUGACAACAGCCUGGAAUUUGUGGGCAUCCCCACCACACUGGCACCUCCUUCUGAGCCACCUGUCACUGCAUGGUUAAUUGCAUUUGGAGUGGUCAUGGGAAUGGUGAUGAUUGGAAUUUUAUUCCUAAUCUAUACUGGAAUCAGAGACCGAAAGAAGCGAAACAAAAGCCAAGAAGCAAAGCGAGCAGAGAACCCCUACGCUGAAGUGCAUUCCAUUGGGGGACAACAUAAUGCAGGUUUCCAAAACACUGAGGAUGUUCAAACUUCAUUUUAGAAAAUCUUUUCAUUUUCUUACUCAUUUCCUUUCCUGUAAAUACUAACAUUAUA